AAGAGAAGAGAAUAUAGAAAAAAUUGGGGAAGAAAAGUAUUAAUUUAUUUAAUAAUUAAACUUGAAGUAUGAAAAUGAAUAGACAAGCUUUAUAUAAAGUCUAAGCAAACCUAAUUUGAGAAGGAAAUAACAAUCCAAUUAUAGUUAGACCAGAAAACUAUAAUAAAUUAAUCCGAUCAAAACAAACAUGAUUUGAAAUUAAAUUCUUCAUUAAAAUCCGAUAUUUAUUCUUAUCACCAUUGUCCCUCAGUAGGCAUAAGGCGGAUUCCCAAGCUUGGGUUCUAGUUGAUAUAGGGCUGAUUGUAUUAGUUCCAUGGCAUAGUAGAGAUAUGGUUGCUUAGGUCAAGAAUGUUCCAAUAGGACUUAACUUAUUUUUAUCCAUUUUUCUUUUCUUUUCUCUUAUUUUCUAGUUCAGAGAUAUGGGGAGAGAUUGGGAUAUUUACCACAAAGAAUUGAUGAAGUAUUGGAAAAUGUACUGUCAUUAUUGUAUGUUAGUACUUUCACUAUAAUUUGGAUUAGUUCGUUAUAUGCAACAGUUGUAUACAUACUGCAUUUGUCACUCCAACGGCAAAUUUUUUUAUUUGUGGAUGGAACUUUCAUGUUAAACUUUUGACCUUAGGAUAUAGCCUUCAGUGUACAUUAACAUUGCUAACUAUGAUUUAUAAAAUCAAUGGUUCACUGUCGCUGUUUUACUUGCACUUUUUAAAUUGGUGGUGAAGUGAAUAGUAAUAUUCCCGUGUUUGUGUUUUAGGUAGUUUUUGAAUUCUACGUAAUGAUUGCACUUUUUUAUAGUGUGAGGAAUUAUGGCUUGGGAAAGUACACAUACCUCGGAUAUCAAAAGUUCCAGGAAUAUCAAAAUUGGCUUCUUACUCUCUGUCCAUUAUGGAUGGCAAACGAGCAAGAAUAACGUGCAAUGAUCUCUGUGAUCAUGUGUGGGAAUUUCAUUUCACUGAGGAUGCUCCUGAAUAUUGGCGAAAUCUUGAUCCUUACUGGACAGGCACAGGAAGUACAUUGCGCCGGUAUUUCCAUCCAGAUGGAAGCAUAUCUGCAGAUCCUGGUGAUCUGGUAUGGGGCGGCCACGAGUCAUGCUACACUACAGUUACCGGAUUGCUGGAAGAUGGAGAAAUACGAGAACAUUAUGUGAGAAUCAAUCGUUGGCCUCAAUUACAUGUUUUGAGGAAGCCCGAUUGGGGUUGGGAAUUAUCAAACCAUCUCUACUGCUACACUAGUGUCCCUGAUGCCGAAAAGGAAGAUGGAACGGGUCCUCUGUUUCCAGUUUUUUAG